AACGUGCUCCGAGUGAGACCUCCUGCCUGCGUCAUCACCUCCUUCCGAGAAACGAUAAAUGUACCAAAACAAGCUGAAGUGGAGCUGAAGCGAACGUGGAUUUAACGGCUCUGUGUGACCGCGCGGCUGCUUGUCAUCGUGUCACCUGGCGUCCAGAUGAUGGAGGAACAGAACACGGAGGCGAAGCUGAAGAACCAGCUGAAGCAGGAGAAGAUCCAGCUGUGGAACCCUCCGUACACCGACGACGACAACCAGCCGGGCCAGCAGCACAUGCAGGAGCUGGCGGAGCGUUACGCCCCUCUGCUGUGUCUGUCGUUGUCGGAGGUAGGCGGCGCUCUGGAGUCGAUCAGAGUUCAGGCGGUGAAGCGAGGGAAAGGAAACAAGACGUUCAGGGAGACGAACGUGGCGUCGCUGGAGCUGCUGCUGCCCAGAGACAGCAAGAAGGAUCCAAAGACGAAGAACUACCUGGAGACGAGGCUGGACGUGCUGGUUCAGGAGGUGGUGGACAGGAUUGCAGAGGACUACGGCCUCAAACACAUCAAACUGAUCCUCAACGGGAAAACUCUGUGUGUAGACCAGCGUCUGGAUGAGCAGGGUGUGAAGAACCACAGUAAGAUGAUGGUGCUGAAGGUGAGCGACGCCGAGUUGAAACAGCAGCUGAGUGAGGAAGAGGAGAAGAAGAAGAACCAGAACGAGAGCGUCCAGAGGACCCAGAAAGGCUUCCAGAUCCUGUCUGAGAGAGACGGCAGUGAAGACCCAGACACCACUCCUUUCCUGGAGAUCGCCGACCAGAGAGGAAACCCGCUGACGAUCCCUCACAAGGAGAAGAAGGCUCUGAUCCUGGCCAUGGGUUUCCAUGAGAAAGGUCGCUCUCUGAUGAAGAAGAAACAGUUCGACAACGCGCUGUGUCACCUGCUGCAGGCCGACCAGCAGUUCAAUAAGUGCGGCUCGGCGCUGCUCGGCUCGGUGGAUAACUACGCCGUCCUGCAGCUGGACAUCGUGUGGUGUUACCGGGCCCUGGAGGCUCUGUCCUGUCUGGACGACGGCAAGAACCGACUCCAGAGAGCCGAGGACUGUUUCCUGAAGUGUUACGGAGAGCAGCAGGAGAGGCUGCGCAUGAUCAAGGGUAACACAGGCAGAGAGGAGGUGCUGUUCCUCCGGCUCCACCUCCUCCAGAGUCUCCUCUCCUACCUCGAAGGAAACGACGCUCAGGCUCGACACCAACUGUCCAAAGUGGAGUCUCUGUACAGCCGCCUGAGUCCCGACUCGGAGAAAAUGACUCAGCUGAUGUCGCUCGGCUUCACCGAGAGAGAAGCUCGACUCGGCCUGAGAGCCUGUCAGGGAGACGUGCAGGAGGCCGCCAUCCACAUCAGCAACCAGAGACAGGAGCGAGAGGAGCUGAAGCAGAGGGAGAGGAGGAAGAGGAGCAGGAGGAUGGAGGUCAUCUCCACCCUCACAGAGCUCGGAUACUCCAGGAGAGACGCUGCCAGAGCGCUGCACCUCGCCGACGGAGACGUGGACAGAGCUUGCGCAAUCCUGCUGGACUCCAGUCAGGCUGCUCUGCUGACCAACAACAACACAGAAGGUGUCAGUCCAGAGAAGGUGGAGCAGCUGCUGUACCUGGGCUUUGAGCGGCAGGUGUCUGAAGCAGCGCUCAGACUGACGGGUGGAGACGUCCAGGUGGCCACUCAGCUGCUGCUGGACAACCAGGGCGUCCUGUCCCCGGAGCUCCUGUCAGUGUCCCCGCCCUCCACCUCUUCCUCCUCCUCCUCACCCUCACCCUCCUCUGAGGAGCCCAGCACCUCCUCCAACUCCACAGAGGACAACGAGCUGGUGAACGAGGUGCUGGAGGACAUCUCCCGCCACGAGGAGGACUACCUGGACCUGACGCUGGAGGAGGAGAGCCAGCUCAUCGCCGCCAUGAAGACCUACCUGAACCGAGAGCCCACACACACCGUGUGACACACACACACACACACACUUUAACCCAUUUAAAACAGCAAUAACCUUGAUUUUGUUUUUUGAUUUUUUAUUUCAAAGACUGUAACAGUGAAGUGCCAAAGCUGAGACGACACAUGCAGACGUGACGCCUCGUCCUCGUCACCAGGUCUCCGUGUCGUCCAUCCUAUAAAUCUGUUUCUGAGUUUUGUUGUCAAGACAAAUGUUCAGUUGACAUUUGAAACUGGAGCAGAAGAAGAAGCGGCUGCUUGUUAUUAUUUCUAGUUUCCUCCAUGAAAUCCUGAGUUCAGAGGUGAAAGCACAGGAAGUGUCGAUGUUGAAGAGCUGCUGCUCUCUUUGUGUUCGCUGACUGUGGCCACUUUAAUUUAAUGUCAUGUUGAUGUUGAGUUAAUAAAGAAACUGAAGGUUUGUUUGACUUCA